UUGCGCCAAUAAUAUCACAGCCAUAUGAUGAUCUAUAUAAUCUUUUAACCCGAUUUAUGAAACCUAAUAAUGAUUUUAAAGAAAACAAAUUUACUUUCUGUUUUAGUAAAGAUGAAACAAAUUCACAAUAUCAACAUCGAUAUUAUGAUAACCCUGAAUCAACAACUACGCUCGGUAAAUUUAAAGAACGUGUGAAUUUAAUCGACCUAAGUAAAAGAACUGAAAAGUUAUUACACUUUGGAAGUGUCUUUUCAUCAACUAGAAUUGUUAUGCAAUUACCGCAAAGUCAAAAUUUUUGGAAAAAAUUGAAGAGUAAAAUGUUACCAAACAAUCCAACAAUAAUUAAUAUUACCAAUCGAAUUAUUGAUAAAAUUGGAGGAUCAAAUAGGUUUGUUGGAGCACAUGCGAGGUUAGGAGAUGGCUUCUUUUUCGAAAAUCAAAAUAAAAUAGUACAAGGGCUAAUCAAAAAUAUUCAAAGAGAUUUUAAAAAUAUUAAUAAAACAAAUGAUAGAGCUUGUUUACCAACCAAAAUAUUUCUGGCAACAGACGUAAAACGUAAUCACCCAUCCCUUCAACUAUUUUUUCAAACUUUUCCAUGCGUUUAUACAAUAGAUGAUUUUAAUGAUUUAUUAGAACCUUUGAAACAUUUAAAAAAUCCUAAGGAUGGUAUGAUUAUGUAUGAAUUCUUAUUACCCUUGGUAGAUUUGUUAGUAGUGUCAAAAGGUAACAAGUUUUAUCGAACACGCAGAAGUACGUUUUCGACAUAUGCAGAACAAUUACAUAAUAUUAGGUAUUAA